AUGACCUUUGCCAACGAAAUUCACACUUUCCACUCUGGCCAGCCACAGCCAAAAUCCUCCUCCUCCGCUCACACCUUUCAGUCGCUUGACCCCAGCACCGCCGCGCCCCUCGCCACCAUCUACACCUCGACGCCGCAGCAAAUCGACGACGCCGUCGCCUCGGCCCACGCCGCCUUCCCUGUGUGGUCGCAGACGCCCGCGCCGCAGCGCGCCGCCAUCCUCCUCCGCGCGGCCGCCCUGCUACGUGCGCGCAACGACGCCCUCGCCCUGACCGAGACGCUCGACACGGGCAAGGCCUGGUCCGAGACGUCGACGGUCGACGUCGUCACCGGCGCCGACGUGCUCGAGUACUACGCCCACUUGGUCGCCGGGGGCCAGCCCGGCCAGCACACCCGCCUCCGCAGCGACGCCUACGUCCUCACCUCCCACGAGCCCCUCGGCGUCUGCGCCGGCAUCGGUGCCUGGAACUACCCUAUCCAAAUCGCCCUCUGGAAGUCGGCCCCUUGCCUCGCCGCCGGCAACUGCAUGGUCUACAAGCCCAGCGAGGUGACGCCGCUGCACGCAAACACGCUCGCCCAAAUCUACGUCGAGGCCGGCGUGCCCCCGGGCGUCUUCAACGUCGUCUACGGCGACGGCCCUAGCGCCGGCGUGCCCCUCGUCUCCCACCCGGGCAUCGCCAAGGUCUCCUUCACCGGCCAGGUCAGCACCGGCAGCAAGGUCGCCGCCUCGGCCGCCAAGGACAUGAAGGGCAUCACCAUGGAGCUCGGCGGCAAGAGCCCCGUCGUCAUCCUCCCCGACGCGCACCCGGACGAGGCCGCCGACGUGGCCAUGGCGGCCAACUUCUUCUCCACCGGCCAGGUCUGCACCAACGGCACCCGCGUCUUUGUGCCCGACACGCUGCUGCCCGCCGUCGAGCAGGCCCUCGUCAAGCGCUGCCGCGAGGGCAUCCGCAUGGGCAUGCCGCGCGACGAGUCGGUCAACUUUGGCCCCGUCGUGUCGGCCCAGCACCGCGACAAGGUCCUCGCCUACAUCCGCCACGGCAAGGACGUCGACGGCGCCCGGGUCCUCUACGACGGCGCCCGCGACGCCCAGAGCCGCAAGCCCACGCCCGGCGGCUACUGGGUGCCGCCCGUCAUCUUUACCAGCUGCACCGACGACAUGCGCGUGGCCCGCGAAGAGAUUUUCGGCCCCGUCAUGUGCGUGCUGCCCUACGCCGUCCGCGGCCGCUCCCAGGACCAGUGGCUGCCCGAGGUGGUGCGCCGCGCCAACGACACGCCCAUGGGCCUCGCCGCCGGCGUCGUCUCGUCCGACGUCGGCCUCGCGCAGGACGUGGUCCGCCAGCUGCACGCCGGCAUCACCUGGAUCAACACCUGGGGCGAGUCGCCCGCCGAGAUGCCCGUCGGCGGCUGGAAGAUGAGCGGCCUCGGCUUGGAAAACGGCGAGGAGGGCAUCCGCGCCUACAUGCGGACCAAGAGCACCCUCGUGCAGCUCGGCAAGGGAGCCUGCGCCGGCUUGUUUGCGAAGCUGUAG